GUUAGCAGAAGAAACCGAGUACGAAGAGAUGAUUUCCUUUUCUCCAAGAAAAGCAAAGCGAAUAAAAAGAAAACAAGGGCUAAGAAAGAGCAGAAUAGAAGAGAAAGGAGAGAGGAAGCUGAAUAAACAUUGACAAUUUCUAUCGUUAGAAUAAGUUCUUGUAACUACCAUAUAUAUAUAUAUAUAUAGUGGAUCGCAAGGAAAGAAAGGGGAAUAAUGGCGUCUGAGGAUGAAUUGAGACAGAAAUUGGAAGGUUUGCAGAAACAGCUGGGAAAGAAACAAAUUUUCGAGCAAGCAGUUUUUUCCAUCAAGUCUCUCCUCCUACAAAGCUAUCCCUCUGCUUCUCCGUCUCUCCAAAAAUUGUUCUAUUCUGUUGUAUGUCGCGUUGCAACUGUAUUGAGGACAAGAUACACUGCUCCUGGAUUCUGGGUUACUGGGAUGGGGCUUUUCGUGGAGGCUGAGCAGAUGGUGUCCGAGUCGUCUGAAAGAGAACAAUUGCGGAGUUGCAUUGCUCAAGCUAAGGAGCAGUUGCGUGAUUUGGAAACUCAGUCUGAUGUUUCCGAAGCUGAACAAAAUAGAGGAAACAGAGGCUUCCUUUUCGAAGGGCAUCUCACCGUGGAUCCUGAGCCUCCACAGCCUCAAUGGCUGGUGCAAUCAAACCUGUUAACAACCGCUGCAACUCUGUUCACAGCUCAAUCUUCUCAAGGUCAAGAUGGAAAUAGUAACACAUCAGAAAGUGCUACCAAUCUACUUCAAGUGCUCAUAGAUAGCCUUGAUAGUGAUGUCCCAUUGAUUCUGGAGGAUGGUCAUGUUGCACCAAGAGCACCACCUGCCAGUAAAAAAGUGGUGGCAAACCUUCCUGUUGUUACUAUUACAGAAGAAAUCUUCGCCAAGCUUGGACCAGAUGCAGAGUGUUCUAUUUGCAAGGAGAACUUGGUUGUGAGCGACAAGAUGCAAGAAUUGCCUUGCCAGCACACCUUUCAUCCUCCAUGCCUUAAGCCAUGGCUGGAUGAGCACAAUUCUUGUCCUAUUUGUCGUCACGAACUGCUAACUGAUGAUCAUGCCUAUGAAAGUUGGAAGGAGAGGGAGAAAGAGGCCGAGGAAGAGAAGAGAGGGGCUGCAAAUGCCGUUCGUGGGGGUGAAUACAUGUAUGUUUAGGUGAAAACACUUGUUUUGCAUCCAUGUUCAAUAAUUUAUAAUAGUUACUGGUACAUUUUAAUUUUUUAGUGUAAAAGUUCAUGUUCCAACUUCCCAUCUUGUUACUUUUUUUCCUUCAUAAAUCCUAUCUUUGUUACUUCUCAUUAGGGUUGGUUAUGUUCCCAGGAGAUUUGAGUUUAAUUUGAUAAUUUAUUGGAAAUGUUUUUUAUGCAGAA